UUAUCUCCCACUUCUUUACAGCAAUGAAGAGGCUUCGCGGGGCGGACUCUGAGUCCCAGCGCACCCCCGGCCGCCACGGAGCGCUUCCUGGGGGAGCCGGACCCUGGGCGGACAAUGUUCCAUUUGGGGUGGAUCUUUCUCUGGUUUGUCACAGGAGAGAGGAUUAAAGGGUUUAAUAUUUCAGGUUGCUCCGUCAAAAACUUUCUUUGGAUGUACUCCUCAAAGAGCACCGAGGAGUUUGUCUUGUUCUGUGACUUGGCAGAGCCAGAGAAAUCCCGUUUCCACCGCAGAAACCCUCUCUCUCCCGCCCCGGGCCCUGAACGCCGGCCCUGCCCUGGCGGCGAGGGCCUGUCUGAUGCCCAGUGGUACCUUCAACCUCGGGAAGGAGGCGCGUUACAGGAAAUUACCAGGAACCAGUCUCACCUCCUCCUGGACAAGACGACCCUGCGUUUUUUGACGGUGGAGAGGAGCAGUGCGGGGUCAUAUAUUUGUAGGCCCAGGACUAGGAGCCCCAGCGACGAGGCCUGCUGUGCGAGGAUGGUCCUGGAGGUGCGGCCCCGGGCCGACCUGUCCUGCGCGAGCCCCGCGCCCCGGACGCGCUACCUCCGUCUGGGCAGCACGGACUCCAUUCACUGCCCCAGCCUCAGCUGCCAGGGGGGCGCCCCGAGCCCAGAGAUGACCUGGUACCAGAAUGGAAGACUGCUCUCUGCGCAGAGGAGCAACCCGCUGCAGCUGGAUGUGAUCUAUGACUACCACCAGGGCACGUACGCCUGCGACUACACUCAGGCCGAUGGUGCGGGGGCCUGGACGGUCAGAGCUGUUGUUCAAGUGAAAACCAUCGUGAAAAACACCACCCUCAAGCCGGACAUCCUGGAGCCUGUCCAGGACACCCUGGAGGUGGAGCUGGGAAAACCUUUGACACUGAACUGCACGGCACGCUUUGGCUUUGAAGAGCACUUCACACCGGUGCUGAGAUGGUACAGCCAAGAUUCUGGCCAGGAGAGGGAAAUCCCAACAGAGGAAGGGAGGAGCGUGAAGGCCACCGUGGAGGCGGAAGUCAUCCAGCGCACCGUCCACUUGGACAGAGUUGCCCAGAGGGACCUGCACAAGACCUUCAUCUGCUUCGCCCAGAACUCGCUGGGGAACGCCUCGCAGCCCCUCCGGCUGCGGGGGAAGAAGGGAGUGGUGCUCCUGUACGUCCUCCUGGGCACCAUCGCCGCCCUGGCCGGCGCGCUGGUGGUGGGCGCGCUGCUCUUCACGUACUGGAUUGAGGUGCUGCUGCUGUGCCGGACCUGCCAGGACCAGGACGAGACGCUCGGGGAUAAAAAGGAGUUUGAUGCCUUCAUCUCCUACGCCAAGGGGAGCGCCUCCGAGAGCGAGCCCGCCUCGCCUGUGAGUGAGGACCGCCUGGCCCUGAAGCUGUUCCCCGAAGUUCUGGAAAACAAAUAUGGCUACACCUUGUGUUUGCUUGAAAGAGACGUGGCCCCAGGAGGAGUGUACACAGAAGACAUCGUGAGCAUUAUCAAGAAAAGUAGAAGAGGAAUCUUCAUCUUAAGCCCCAACUAUGUCAACGGACCCAGUGUCUUUGAACUGCAAGCAGCAGUGAGUCUUGCCUUGGAUGAUCAGAUGCUGAAGCUCAUUUUAGUAAAGUUCUCUCCCUUCCAAGAGCCAGAAUCCCUACCUGACCUGGUGAGGAAGGCUCUCCGGGUUUUGCCCACAGUCACUUGGAGAGGCUUAAAGUCGGCGCCUCCCAAUUCUAGGUUCUGGACUCGCAUGCGCUACCACAUGCCCGUGAGAAACCCCACGGGGCUCCCGUGGAGCCUCUUAAGGGUUAUCUCAAGGGCUUUCUCACUGGGAAGACUCAGUAAAACAGAGACCGCUGGGAGGAGCUCCCAGCCUAGGCACUGGUGACCUGGCCUGCACGCACACCUCCCUCCAGCCCUGGUGAGCAGAGAGACUGCCAGGCAGGACACACAGCCUGGAUCGGGCUGAUCUAAAGUGGAUGGUGCUCAGCCCCCUGGGUUGUUGCUGGGGCUGGGCCUCUGGUCUCCUGGACUGGACCAAGAGAGAGGGGAUUCUCCAGACACUCAGCACACUCCCACGGCUUUCUUAGUGUCACCAGCACCAGCAGAUGCGUCCACUUUUAUUGUGUGGCUGUGAACUGUCAUGUCUACUAAGUAUUGUACAUAUACAUUUAUAUAUAUACUAGUGGCCCGAUGCACGAAAGAAGAUUCCUGCAAGAAUGGGCCUUCGUUCCCCUGGCUGCCGGCACUGCCUUUGCUCUGGCCGGAGCAGCCUUUGUGCCUUCCCACACUGCCCAGAGGCAAGGAGCAGCUGGGGUGGUGAGGAACGCCUGAGUCAUCGCCAUGGCAACAACGCAAGCGUCCUGCCCCAGCCCCAGCCCGCUCAGCACCCAUAUAUGCAAAUUAACCCACCAUCUUUGUUGGGUUAAUUUGCAUACUCACUCCUGAUUGGCUGGUAGGCAUCGUGAAGGUACAGUCAAUGAGCAUGUUACUCUUUUAUUAAGUAGACUAGAGGCCUGGUGCACAAAAUUCGUGCACUUGCAGGGGUCCCUCAGCACGGCCUGUGCCCUCUCAUAGUCCGGGAGCCCUUGGGGGAUGUCCGAGUGCCAGCUUAGGCCUGCUCCCCUAAGCGGGCCUAAGCAAGCCAGCAGUCAGACAUCCUUAGCACUGCUACAGAGGUAGGAGUGCUACUGCUGCUGUGCUCGCCAGCCGUGAGCCCAGCUCAGGGCUUCUGGCUGAGCAGCACUCUCCCUGUGGGAGUGCACUGACCACCAGGGGACAGCUCCUGCAUUGAGUGUCUGCCCCCUGGUGAUCAGUGUGCAUCAUAGCAACUGGUUGUUCCACUGUUUGGUCGAUUUUCAUAUUAGCCUUUUAUUAUAUAGGAUGGGAGGGACUGACAGAGGUCAGAGGGGAGGAAGAUUGACAUAGACAAAAGUGUGGUGAUGGUCAGAUGUGGGGGGCUGGGUGGAGGAGGGUAAAGGGGGGAGAAAUGGGACACAUCUAUAACAGUAUCAACAAUAGAAUAAAAGCAACAGUGAUAUACCACUACACUACACGCCUAUUAGAGAAAAGAUACAUUAUGAACUAUGUAUUUACACUUUGAUAAAAUUAAAAAAUUUUAAAAGAAAGGAUUUUGUACAGAAAGGAGUGUUGUUGAAAUGUUUUUAUUUUUUCUUUUUAUGGUAAAGCUAAGGAGGCUUCAGAGCCCCUGUGAGGGCUGGAUUUGUUCUGGGGGAGAGAGCAAGCAGGUUGCCAAUGGCAGCAUUCUGGAAACCUGCCUGAAACGAUUUAAAAGAGAAAGUGGUGGAUUCCCCGAGCCUACAGUUAUUGUAAUUUAUUUUCUUAUUCUAAAUAAAGUCAUUUUUGAACCUUAUUUAAAAAAAUACACCCCUGAGGCCUGGGCAGUCAGCCUGACGUGGACCUUCCCAAGUUUGGGCAACCUGGAGGAAGGCAUGUCAGGGGCGGGAUCCCCUCGGCAGAGGGGGCAGGGAGGCACACGGGGAGAGCGUAACACCUACAGGCCUGGUUUUGGUGGGAGUGUGUGGCUUUUAGCUCGACGAUCUGUGGAUCUGUGACUCUGAUCGCACUUGCACUGGCAGCUUCCUUCCUCCUCUCCCCUCCUCCCCUCUCCUCCCGUGCAGGGCUGAUGGCUGAGGGGAGCGGCAGCGCUGGUGGGGAGCCUGAGGCGCCGGUCCCCUCUGGGGCUCUCGGCCGCCUGCGCGAGGGGCCGCCCGAUCAUGGCAGGGGUCCCCUCAUGGUGACCGUUCGUUUGGUCGUUUCCUUCGUGAUGCCUCUUGGCCUUUUAUUAUUAUGAUUUGCGAUAAAAUAAAUAUUAUUUCAUUAGAAACAAGCAA